AUGUACAAAUACAUCCAUACCGCUCUCGAUUCAAUACGCGACUACGCCAAACCCUCGACCACUUCCAACUUCCGCGAGACUGGCAAGCUCACACCUGAGGAGUUUGUCCAGGCUGGAGACUUCCUCACAACCAAGUUCACCUCGUGGUCGUGGUCUGGAGCUGCCACUCCCGCUCAGCGUGUCUCUCACUUGCCCGAAGACAAGCAAUACCUUGUCACUCGCGGUGUUGCCUGUAAGAGACGUCUCAACGACAACUUCGCUGGCAGGGAGGGUCUUGACGACUUGGUCAAGGAGGGCGAAGCUUUCAACCCCACUGGAGAUGACGACGAUGGUUGGCUGAGGACCGGCGGUGACAUCCAUAAGCCUGAGUCCCGUCCUGGUGACAUCCGCACCGUCGACGAUGAUGGUCACGUCGAGCAAGACAGCGGCGACUAUGAAGAGGAUGUCCCUGACAUCGAAGACGAGGAGGACGAUCCCGAUGCCAUCAUCCGCGACCCCAGGGCUCAACAUGACCCCAAGGAGUGA